ACAACGACGACAACGACGACAACGACGACGUCGACGACGCCGAUGACGACGACGACGACGACGCGACUUGGCGAUGAGCGCGCGACGCCGAGUGUCGGAGUUAACCUUGUGGACUUGCGGAGUUACGGGACGGCGAAAGCUCCGAGUCAGUGAUUCGAAGAAACUGUCGCCAAGCAAGCCACGCUCUCAUUACACGUGAGUUGUUCCUCGGCCCUGCGAAUGCAGGCUGUCGAGCACUAGGGUACGGUGGUGGUGUGGCGAAGAGGAGAAACGUAGAGCGGCAAGAUGACUCUGCCAAACGUUAAGGACUACAACGUGCUGGAGAAAAUAGGUGCCGGCAGCUAUUCCACCGUUUACAAAGCCUUCAAGCGAGAUGGCUUGCGAGAGGUGGUGGCAAUCAAAUGCGUGGACAAAUCGACCCUAUCGCAAUCGGCGAUCGACAAUCUCAUUACGGAAAUUAAUUUACUCAAGGUACUCAAACACGAAAACAUCGUGGAAAUGAGGAAUUUCUUCUGGGACGAAGGGCAUAUCUAUAUCGUUAUGGAGUAUUGCAAUGGUGGCGACCUGUCGAAUUUCAUUAAGCGAAAGAACCAACUGGAUGAGAACAUUUGUCGAAAAUUUUUACAGCAGCUUGCACUUGCAAUGAAGUACUUACGCGACCAUAAUGUCUGCCAUAUGGAUUUGAAACCUCAGAAUCUUUUACUUAUCAAGAGGCCAAUUUUAGUCCUCAAAGUUGCAGACUUUGGUUUCGCGCAAUACCUCAGCACCACCGAGACGAGGUUUGCGGUGCGGGGCUCGCCACUCUAUAUGGCUCCCGAAAUCCUCUUACACCAUAAAUAUGAUGCCAGGGUGGACCUGUGGAGUGUUGGCAUUAUCAUAUACGAGUGCCUUUUCGGUAAAGCGCCGUACUCGAGCAACAGUUCUGCUGAAUUCGCCAAGAAAAUCAAAUACAUGAAGCCAAUCGAGCUACCGAAGAAUUGUCACAUAUCCACGGAAUGUAAAGACCUGCUAACGCGGUUGCUGAAACGUAACCCCGAUGAAAGACUGACUUUUGACGAGUUUUUCGCGCACGACUUCCUGGACCUGGAGCAUGCACCCACAAAAGAUAAUUUCAACAAGGCUGUCAGUCUUGUGCAGAAAGCCGUGGAAAUGGACAAGCAGAGCUGCCAGAGAGAAGCUUGUCACUUGUACUGCGAGUCACUUAGAUACUUCAUUCCAAUUCUUACAAACGAGGCUGAUUUUCAGAAAAAGCAGAUGCUCAGGCUAAAGGUGAAUGAGUACAUUGAACGUGCGAAGCAGCUGAAGGACAUGUACAUGGAGGCGGACAAGAGGAGGUUCAGGAUGACGCCCGGCGAAUCACUCAACUCUCAACCCCUUUCAAGAUGCGACACACAUGAAAGAAAUACAGCAAUCAACUUUCAAGAAUUAUGUAAGCUGAGCAGAAGCACAUUGGCGAUGCCUUCAGCCCUGGAAAUAGGAGAAAUUGCUGAACAGUAUCUGGCCGAGGGCAAUUACGAGUUAGCCAUGCAAAAGUUUCAGUCCAGCCUGAAAGUCCUUGUCCCGUUGCUGAGAAAAGAGCCGCCUGGUCGCAGGAAAGAUCUUCUUUCCAAACAGGUAUUCAAAUGGAUGGAGGAAGCUGAAAGCACUAAGAGCCUUCUCAUGAGUAAAGAUAUGGAGAAAAUUGCACAACAUGCAUCAGAAUCUCAGGAGUUGUGUUCAUUACAAUAAGUAAAUACAAUAAGCUUUAUUUAAUCUUAAAUACAUUUUU